AUGAGGAAUUCUGGACUAAUACACUCACAACAUAUAUUCUUAGGAACAAAUCCAGCACACAACGAACAGGUCUGCAGCACAUGGGGUAACUACCAUUUCAAGACGUUUGAUGGAGACAUCUUCCAGCUCCCGUCCAGCUGCAACUACGUCCUGGCCUCUCAGUGCAAGAGCAGCUAUGAGGAUUUCAACAUCCAGAUGAGGAGGGAGCUGGAGAAUGGCCUCCCGACCAUCAGCAAGAUCACCAUGGUGCUGGAGGGCACUGUAGUCGAGCUGGUGAAGGGCUCUGUCUCUGUAAAUGGAAAACUUGUGAUACUGCCAUUCAGUGAAUCAGGAGUUCUCAUUGAGAAGAGCUCAUCCUACAUCAACAUCAAGGCAAAGCUGGGGCUCUUGGCCAAGUGGAAUGAGGAUGAUGCCUUCAUGGUGGAACUGGACAAGAAAUAUGUAAACCAAACGUGUGGGUUGUGUGGAGACUUCAAUGGUGUCCAGAAUUAUAAUGAGUUUGUCACAAAGGGUGUGCCCAUUUCUAAUCUUGACUAUGGAAGCCUCUGGAAGCUGGAUGGUCCAACUGAAACCUGUACAGAGCCAGUUACAUCCGAACCAACGUGCAAAGAUAUGACGUCUGUAUGUGAGCAGCUGCUCUCCAGCCCUGCCUUUGAAAGCUGUAAAGCCGUAGUGAACGCCGACUCAUUCAUCAAGGCCUGUGCGAGGGACCUCUGCCUGUGUGCCAACAGCUCUGACUCCUUCUGCCUGUGCGGCACCAUAUCUGAGUACUCACGUCAGUGCAUCCAUGCUGGAGGGAAACCCAGCGAAUGGAGGACAGAGCAGUUCUGCUCAAAAUCAUGCCCCUCCAACAUGGUGCACCAGGAGUGUGGAAGCCUGUGUGUGGACACCUGCUCAAACCCUGACAGAGGACAGGUGUGUGAGGAGCACUGCAUGGAUGGAUGCUUCUGCCCACCAGGCACUGUGUUUGAUGAUGUCACUGGGAAGGGCUGCAUCAGCUCAACAAAGUGCUCCUGCAGCAACAAUGGAAACAUAUACCAACCUGGAGAGUCUUAUUCCAGCAACUGUAAACACUGUACCUGUGGUGGUGGCCAGUGGAGCUGUAUAGAGAAGGACUGCCCAGCAACAUGCUCUGUGGAGGGAGGCUCCCACUUCUUCACCUAUGAUGGGAAAGCCUACACUUUCCAUGGGGACUGUACCUAUGUCCUCACCAAGCAAUGUAAUGGGGCCGACUUCACAGUGCUUGGGGAUCUUGUCAGGUGUGGUUUGACAGACACAGAGACUUGUCUGAAGGCUUUGACGUUGGCAGUUUCUGGAGAUACUGUGAUUAAUAUCCAGUCCAAUGGAAAAGUUUUUGUAAACAGGAAGUACUCUCAGUUGCCCCUGUCUACAGCUGGGGUGAAAAUUUUUGAAGCAUCCACAUUUUUCAUCAUCGUGCAGACCUCAGUUGGUAUUCAGCUGGAAAUUCAGCUGUCACCAAUCAUGCAGGUGUACAUCACAGCAGAUUCUAAACUCAGGCAAAAGACAUGUGGUCUGUGUGGAAACUUUAACAGCAUUCAGGCUGAUGAUUUCUUGGCGAUGAAUGGAAUUACUGAGGGGACAGCAUCAGGCUUUGCCAACACCUGGAAAACAAGAGCCAGCUGUCCUGAUGUGAAGAGCAGUUUGGAGAACCCCUGCAGCUUGAGCGUCGACAAUGAGAAGUAUGCCCAACAGUGGUGCUCCCUGCUCACAGACCCUGACGGCGUGUUUUCCCCAUGCCACAGUGAGAUCAACCCAGACAUCUACAAAGAGAACUGCAUGUACGACAGCUGCAACUGUGAGAAGAGUGAGGACUGCAUGUGUGCUGCUCUCUCAUCCUACGUGCAUGCAUGUGCAGCUAAAGGCAUCCAGCUGAACGGGUGGAGAGACACAACCUGCAAGAAAUAUGCCAACAACUGCCCGAGCAACAUGGUGUAUGCCUACAGCAUACAAAACAGUGACCGCUCGUGCCGUUGCUACAGCGAUCCUGACUUCACCUGCUCAGCUACAUUUGCACCUGUGGAUGGAUGCAUAUGUGAAAAGGGAACAUAUCUGGAUGAAGGGGGAAAAUGUGUUGCACCAGCUAACUGCUCCUGCUACUACAAGGGCCAGGUGAUUCCUCCAGGGGAGGUCAUCAGCAGGGACAAGGCCACAUGCACAUGCAAAGCAGGCAAACUCAGCUGCAUGGGAGAAACUACAUAUUCUACUAGUAAGUCCAUUUCAUGCCCAGCACCCAUGGUGUAUUUCGACUGCUCUAAUGCUGACGCAGGAGCCAAAGGUGCUGAGUGUCAGAGGAGUUGCAAAACCCUGCACAUGGCCUGUAUCAGCACUGAGUGUGUCUCAGGCUGCGUGUGUCCUUCUGGCCUAGUCUCUGAUGGAAAAGGUGGCUGUGUAAAAGAGGACCAGUGUCCCUGUUACCACAAUGGAGCUCAGUACAAAGCUGGGGACAGCAUCAAGGUUGACUGCAAUAAAUGCACUUGCAAAGACACAACAUGGGACUGCACAUCGAACUUGUGCCAUGGCACCUGUGCCAUCUAUGGAGAUGGACAUUACAUCACUUUUGAUGGGAAGAGAUUCAACUUUGAUGGGGGCUGUGAAUACGUCCUAACUGAGAAUUAUUGUGGACAUGGAAGUACUAAUGGAACCUUCAGAGUCAUCACUGAGAACAUUCCAUGUGGAACCACAGGAACAACAUGUUCCAAAGCCAUCAAAUUGUUUUUGGGGAGCAAUGAGUUGAUACUGACAGAUGGAGGUUACCAAGUUGUUAAAAGAAAUUCAGGAGCAGAGGUGCCCUACCAGAUCCGCACAAUGGGGAUCUACCUUGUGAUUGAAGCUAACAAUGGUCUGAUUCUCAUGUGGGACAGAAGAACAAGUCUGUUCCUUAAGCUGAGUCCAGAGUUUAAGGGUCAUGCUUGUGGCCUUUGUGGGAACUAUGAUGGCAACGCUAACAAUGACUUUGGCACAAGAAACCAAGGACAGGCCAUUCAGUCUCUGGAGUUUGGAAAUAGCUGGAAAGUUUCUCCAAGCUGCCCUGAUGUAAAACAGAUACAAAGUCCCUGCACAUCCAACCCUUACAGAAAAUCUUGGGCUCAGAAAAAGUGUAGCAUUAUCAUAAGUGAAGCAUUUGCAUCGUGCCAUUUUCAGGUGGAUCCUUCUCCAUUCUAUGAUGCUUGCGUGAGUGACUCAUGUGCCUGUGAUAGUGGUGGAGACUGUGAGUGUUUCUGCACUGCAGUGGCCGCUUAUGCAGCCGCCUGUAAUGAAGCUGGAGCCUGUGUAGCCUGGAGAACCCCAAAGAUCUGCCCUCUUUUCUGUGAUUACUACAACCCACCUGGUGAGUGUGAGUGGCACUACAAACCCUGUGGAGCUCCAUGCAUGAAGACCUGCAGGAAUCCCACUGGGCAGUGCUCUGAGCAGAUACCAGCGCUAGAAGGUUGUUACCCUCAAUGUCCUGUCAAUGAGCCCUUUUUUGAUGAAGACACCAUGAAGUGUGUACAGAGGGAGAAAUGUGGUUGUUUUGAUACUGAUGGCAGACACUACAGCAAUGGAGAGAAAGUUCCUUCCACAAACAACUGUGAAACAUGCCAAUGCAUUUCCACAACCAUCAUCUGCAAACAUGAUGCCACAGCUUGCACCUGUACAUACCUUAAUAAGGUUUACUACAAUGGUGAACAUAUUUAUAACACCACCGAUGGAAUGGGUAGCUGCUUAACUGCUGUUUGUGAAGAGCAUGGUAUUGUUCGGUCCAUUCAUCCUUGUCCAACAACACCAACAUCAAUCCCAACAACAAUGUUUACAUUCACUACACCAAAAACAACAAAAUCUAUCCCGACUGAAUACUCAACGUCUCUACACACAACUACAUGCCAAAAUAAAUGUGUCUGGACCGAAUGGUUUGAUACUACGUUCCCCCUACCUGGAGAAUCUGGAGGAGACUCUGAAAUCUAUAACAAAAUUAGGGCAGAAGGACACCACAUCUGUGAGAAGCCCACGGAAAUAGAGUGCAGAGCACAAAAAUACCCUGACAAAGACAUAAACAGUCUAGGCCAAAUUGUUCAAUGUGAUGUGGCAAAAGGUUUAUCGUGUAAGAACAAAGACCAAACAGGCCCUUUCCAAUUGUGCUACAAUUACAAAAUCCGUGUGCUUUGCUGUAGUGAUGAGCAUUGUACAACUCUACCACCAACUGUUCCACAAACAACAUCAACUCCAGCCAUGUCAAACAACAACAAAUACUCCAACUCCAAUGCCAACACCAACAACAACAUCCACCACGACAACAACAACAACCCCAUCAACAACAACUCCUGUACCCGGCACAACACCCUGUACCUGUGA